AUGCACGUGAAGCGGCACAAUGCGAAGUUGAUGGAGUGGCACGACGCUCAGCUUGGCAUUCAGCUGCCCUUCUCCCCCGUCUUCUUCGAGUUGAAGCAAGAGGAGCGGCAGGCGCCGCUGAUCCUGCUAACCUUCCGCACGGUGCGCGAGCCAACGCACCGCAUGGCGGUCACUAUCGAGGAGCUCUAUGAGCCACAGACGGCGGCGGCGUAUAGAGAGGCUAGUCUCGGCCGGAUUGCCGACUGCGCCAAGAUUCUAGGGCAAUCGACCGCGCGCAUUGGUAGCAAGGUUCACCCAGCAGCGGAGUACUGCUACGUCGAUGACCACCAGGUCAUGCACUGUGUCUUUUCCAUCUUCGUAGUACACGAGCGACUCGCGGUGACGGUGCAGUAUGUGGCCCCGACGCGCGUGCGCAGCGUGAUGCUGACAGCCGUCUACGACAUUGUGCGCUUCCUCACCUUUGCCACGCCGUCUCCGUCGCCGUCGUACCUUCUCGUGUCUGAACCGCGGUUAGGCCUGGGGUACCACCUGCCCCUGGACUUCCUCGUCCACGAGGGCCUUGCGGAGAGCGACGGCGUCGAGGACCGCCUCUUCACCUCCGCGAUGGCUGCCGGUGGCGGCGAUGCCGGCGCGUGGAUGGUGCCAUACGCAACGGCGAUGAGUCGUGGAGGUCGUCGCAUGGGGCUCAUUGCUUCGUACGAGCCAGCGGGUGUUGCCACGGCGACGGGCACCCUCGACGAUGGCGGCGGCGCGGCAGCUGCGACGGGUGGCAGCGAGGUCCCGUAUGCAUGGAAAAAGUACCUCGAACAGCAGGUGUGCAAGGCUGUGCGCCAGCUGGGCCUCGUGCUCGGCAGCAGCGAUGACAACCGUGCACCGCACGUCGUCUUUCAGGCCCCCGACGCCGCGCACCGGCCUUCGCGCCAGACGUUGCUGGUAGAGCCGUACCCACUGUCGAUCGCGCUCAAGGGGAACUUCAGCGCUGGCGACGACGUCCGCGAGGAGGACAGCGACGCAGUGGCGCUCGUCACCGCCUUCUCCCUCUUCAGCGAAGUGCGCGUGGACGUUAACAGCGCCUAUCUGACCCUCGUCCCGGACGCGUUAGAGAGCGCUGCUGCUGCUGCCGCCGCCGCCACCGCCGCUGCUCGCUCGCGGUCUUCCACGAGUGUGGCCGAUUGGACCGCUGGCACGGUUAAGGCGUACUGGAGCGCCUUCUACGUGCCCGUCGGCACGGCCUGCAUGAGCUUCCACUUCAUUGCCUCGGCGCUGCGGCACUCCUCCACGGAGUUUGUUUCCUUUUGCGCCACCGUCAUGAACUCCGUGUCGCUCGGAAACCACUACGGCCAGAGCGUGUCGGUGCUGUACUGCAACAUCCGGCAUGACGUGCUGCCCUUCCGUCUGUCACUGCCGCCGACUGGGAUGGCGACUGUCGAGGAGCCCAUGCUGGCUGAUCCGCUCUGUGUGGUGCAGGCCACGUACGGGGUGGAGAAGGUCGGUGUGACAGUGCGCGUCUUUCCGCUCUUCACGUCUACCACGUCACCGGUAGAGGACGGCAGCAGUGGCGGCGGCGGCACUGCCUUUGCUGCAGCCACGGCGACGACGGACGGCCUGCCCCCGACGCCGUCCAAGGCGCUCCCGCUGCGCCCCAUUGCAGAGCGCCGAGGUACUCGUCAGCGCUCCAUCUUCCGACAACUGCAGCACAUGAUCCGCUACUACCUUUCUCAGUUCCCUGGCGGGGUGCACAUCGUGUCGCAGGAGCGCACUACAAUGAACGCGAUGCCGGCCAUCCGUGUGUGUUUCAAGCCUUUGUGGUACGCGAGGGCCAUUGGGGACGCAGGCGCGCAACGCACCGGCGGGGGUAGCGGCAGCGCCGUUCCACCGGCGUCCUCAGUGACCAGCGGGGACGACGUUUGUGGUGGCGGUGGCAGCUCGCAGGUCACGUCCGACUGGGUGGGGGCCCGGGAUGCCCUGUUGGAAGAGGAGAUUGGCCAGCUGAACCCCUUCGCGCAGUACUUCCCACCUCCACCCCCACCACCGAGCUACCUGUGGGGUCAGCAGCAGCAGCCACAACCCGCGCCUGCGUCCUCCGGCACGACCGGAAAGACGAGCACUCCAGUGACAGCUGCGUCGUUGCGAAAGGCCUCUGUCGCCGGUGCUGCGGUGAGUGGUGGUGCCGAGGCAAGCGCGAGGGACGAUCAGGGGAGUCAGCCCUUCUACGGGGCGCGUGGUGACGAGUCUCAGCGCUCGCAAGAGGAGCUGGACGACCCUCUCCGCGUCGCCAUCGCCGUCUGCUGCGAGGGCAACGCCUUCCUCUUCCAGGCUUCUGCCUCCGAGUACACGCUGGGCAUGUCGGUGCAGGCGGUUCAAACGCUUGCCAUGUACUUGGCACCCAUUCCGCGCGGGAACUGA